GAUCCCGUUGAGCCACAAUGGAGAUGUUUUCUUCCCGUGACCGUCCAGUGCCUGUCAGGUGAUUAACGCAGCUCCUCCUCCUGCUGCUGCUGCUGCUGCUGCGGUACAAACAGACCCAGGACAACUGCGUAUCAAGACAAGGGUUUUGUUCCUCUUUCUUAGGACAGAACCUACCAAGAUGGAUACCUCCAAACUUCCCAAGAUCCGGGAUGAGGAGCGAGAGAGCGAGUUUGGAUUUGUCCACGGGGUUUCUGGACCAGUGGUGACAGCCACUGCCAUGGCAGGAGCAGCCAUGUACGAGCUGGUUCGUGUCGGUCACAGUGAGCUGGUGGGAGAAAUCAUCCGUUUAGAGGGAGACAUGGCAACUAUCCAGGUCUAUGAGGAGACGUCCGGUGUGUCUGUUGGUGACCCCGUCCUUCGAACGGGAAAACCCCUCUCUGUGGAGUUGGGACCAGGAAUCAUGGGCUCCAUCUUUGAUGGUAUCCAGCGGCCGCUAAAAGACAUCAAUGACAUCACUCAAAGUAUCUAUAUCCCGAGAGGAGUAAACAUUGGUGCUCUUAACAGAGAUAUCAAGUGGGAAUUCUCCCCAGGCCAGAGUCUUCGGGUUGGCAGUCACGUGACCGGCGGCGAUAUGUACGGCAUGGUCUUUGAAAACUCCUUAAUCAAGCACAAGCUGAUGCUUCCACCUCGCAACAGGGGCACCGUUACCUACCUGGCCCCACCCGGAAACUACGACAUUUCCGAUGUGGUUCUGGAGCUCGAGUUUGAAAGUGUGAAGGAGAAGUUCACUAUGAUGCAGGUGUGGCCAGUGCGACAAGUCCGCCCAGUCACAGAGAAACUACCUGCUAAUCACCCGCUGCUGACUGGUCAGAGAGUUCUGGACGCACUCUUCCCUUGCGUGCAGGGCGGCACCACCGCCAUACCAGGAGCCUUCGGAUGCGGAAAGACGGUGAUCUCUCAGUCCUUGUCCAAGUAUUCAAACAGUGACGUCAUUGUCUACGUUGGUUGCGGGGAGCGUGGAAACGAAAUGUCUGAAGUGCUGCGGGAUUUCCCUGAGCUCACCAUGGAAGUCGAUGGUAAGGUUGAGAGCAUCAUGAAGAGAACAGCACUGGUCGCCAACACAUCCAACAUGCCUGUGGCUGCCAGAGAAGCUUCUAUUUAUACAGGUAUCACACUGUCCGAAUACUUCCGAGACAUGGGUUACAACGUGAGCAUGAUGGCUGACUCGACGUCUCGAUGGGCUGAAGCUCUGAGAGAAAUCUCUGGGAGACUGGCUGAAAUGCCUGCUGACAGCGGUUACCCUGCGUACCUGGGCGCCAGGCUCGCCUCCUUCUAUGAACGCGCCGGACGAGUGAAGUGCCUGGGAAAUCCAGAGAGAGAAGGCAGCGUCAGCAUCGUCGGAGCUGUGUCGCCCCCUGGUGGAGAUUUCUCAGACCCUGUCACUUCAGCCACAUUGGGAAUUGUUCAGGUGUUCUGGGGCUUGGACAAAAAGCUGGCGCAGAGAAAACACUUCCCCUCUGUUAACUGGCUGAUUAGCUACAGCAAGUACACACGAGCUCUGGAUGAAUAUUACGACAAACAUUUCCCUGAGUUCGUCCCUCUCCGUACAAAAUCCAAAGAGAUUCUGCAGGAGGAGGAGGACCUGGCCGAGAUCGUGCAGCUCGUAGGAAAGGCUUCUCUCGCUGAGACUGACAAGAUCACUCUAGAGGUUGCUAAGCUGAUUAAGGACGACUUCCUGCAACAGAAUGGUUAUACCCCCUAUGACAGGUUCUGCCCCUUCUACAAAACUGUGGGCAUCCUCUCCAACAUGAUCGCUUUCUACGACAUGGCCCGACACGCGGUGGAGACCACAGCGCAGAGUGACAACAAAAUCACGUGGGCCAUGAUCAGGGAGCACAUGGGAGAGAUCCUCUACAAAAUCAGCUCCAUGAAGUUCAAGGACCCUGUGAAGGAUGGCGAGGCUAAGAUCAAGGCCGACUACGCCCAGCUGCUGGAGGACAUGCAGAACGCCUUCCGGACCCUGGAGGAAUGAACGAGUUCCGUACCUCUUGUCUCCCCUCCCACAUAAUUCAAACCACAGUGCAGAUGAAACCUACCCAUGUUCUGGGUGUCUGCCUCUCUCGUGCAAACUUCUGUCUACCUUGGUGUUUACGUCCUUUUAAACAUUCCAUGACCUGGACAAAUUUGUGAUUUGUUUUUAGUUGAUUCUUGACUCAUCUACUUCAGAAACACAGCACUGGAAUCCCAACGGGAGCCCUGAAAUUAUGAUGAUUAAAAAGCACUUACACCAAUUUAAAUUGGGCCCCAGUCAGGUGCUGCACUUGCACUCAACUGCAACUUGCAACAAAGAGUGGAAAGGGACACCCCCCCCCCCCCCCCCCAGAUAUGACGGUGAUAAAUGCAAAUUAUUAACAGGAUCAUGCACAUGGGUAAAGGGACAGAUGCAGUGUGUCAUAUCAGGGGGGUUCAAAUCAUUCUUCCACCUCUUACCUCUUAAGUGUGAUUGUGAUGUUGUGGACUAUAUACUUGAUAUUAUGUACAAAAAAAUGUGAAUGGACGAGUCUGUUAGAGUUUAAUUUGUGUUGUGACAGGUGUCUUACUAUUACAAUCAUGGUACAUUACUGUUGUGUGGAAUAAAUGUUAAGAAAUGA